AUGGCGGGCCAAGACGCCUCGAUGGAGGAGAUCCUCUGGCGGUCCCCGCCGCACGUCCAGAUGAUGGGCGGGUAUCUUCACUCCAAUAACAUCCUCUUUUACUUUGCCGAAUCUCCCUUCUUUGACCCUACCUCGAACAAUGCCUCACUCGCCAUUCAAGCCAGCUACAACGACGCCUUUCGGCACUUCGUCGAGACGCGCGAAGCCUUCGAGGGUCGACUGAAGACUAUGCAAGGUCUGGAGUUUGUGGUCGCAUAUGAUCCCUUACAAGCAGCGGCGCAGUCCGACACUCGCUUCGCUCAUGAACCGUCCAACGUCUGGGUGAUUCGAAAACAGAACCGACGGACACGAAGCGGGCUGGACGACGAAGUAACAGUGAUCUCGACCUACUUUGUGGUCGGUGAUUGUAUUUACAUGGCACCGUCGGUCGCCAGUGUGGUGGGAAAUCGAAUUCUCUCGGCUGUCACCUCCUUGUCACGACUCAUGAAAACUGCGUCGACAUUACCUACCUUUACUCCGGCGUACGGACAUACCUAUAUGCCACCGAUGGCGCGCGCCGCAGACUCCAGUCAGCAGGCAUCGCAGCAAAGCAAAGAGAACACACCCAUGCCGGAUGCCCCCGCGCCGGCCACCGAAACACCGGCCGGUAAAGCUGGCCUGGACGUCUCGACAACCAGCUCUAGCUACCAAGACACGCGCAGUCUGGCUGAAGCGUUCAGUCUAUUCACCCACUACGGGGAUGAGUUUAUGGACGAUAAUCCAUUGGUGGGCGAACCUGGUUCUUUUAUCUUGUCGCGGACCGGCGGCGACCAAGACCGUUCGAUUGGCGCCGCCGCCAAACCCGGGUCCAAGCUGGCGCCGAAUGCGACGGCCGGGAAUACACCUGCUGGGGCUCCCGGGCGGGCGUCCACGCCGCAGGUGCGAGUCGAGACACCCGGGAAAGUGUCAGAUAAGAGCAGCUCGCCGCCGAGCUCGGGCGAGAACAAGGGGAAGAGGAAGAAGAGCCGGGUCGCAAGCUGA